AUGGGUUUCAAGCUAGGUUUCAAGUGUAGCGUAUCUGCUCUCAUCGCAGUAAUAAUUGCUUUAGCCACGUUUUCAUCAUUUUCACAUGCUAAUCCGCAUAUUGAAGAUGAGCUGGUUGAAAUCAAGGAUGAAUUAGGAGAAGUGUUCAGUAGCAGUAUUCCAGAUGAUUACUACCAAAGAAUGAAUUUAAAAGACUGCCACGCCCGCUUCCAUGCCCGGCCCGUGAAUGAGUACCGCAUGGCCAUGUUCGAAGGAGUCAGUUUGAACGGAACCGAGUUUCCCCAUCUGGCUGUUGUGGGACACCGUGGUCCGCCAGGAGACGUGCAAUGGAAGUGCACGGGAUCAUUGAUCAGCAAACGGUUCGUCCUGACUGCGGCUAGCUGUGUUUCGGAUGGGAAUGUCGAGCUGUUAGUCGUUAAAAUGGGGGAUGUAAAUUCUGCAAUCAAAUCUGACGAUAAGUUUGCGCAAGAGUUUGGAGCUAGCAAUGUAACCGUUCAUCCAAGCUAUAACACGCGUUAUCAGUACAAUGACUUGGCCCUUGUUGAACUGGAUAAAGAUGUUGUCCUCUCUGCAGGCGUGUGUCCAGCUUGUAUUUGGUCAUCGGCUCACUAUCCGUUCAACUGGUAUGAGGUUGCUGGAGUUGAUAUGACUGCUGCUGCGGCUAGUAAAUCCGACUCAAUCAAAGUUAAACUCUCAUCUGUCGAAUCAUCAAAGUGUGAAUCCGAUCUGCUGAAGAGUGGUUCCCUUCCGUACGGCACCCGUCACGACCAGUUUUGCGCUGCUAGUGCCAAUAGCUGCAAUCAAAACCUCGGUGGACCGAUUCAAAUUCCGCUAUUCACGUAUCAACAUGUAGCCCCGUUCUUGGUCGGUGUUAAGUCGUUUGGAGAAUCUUGUGACGAGGUUUAUCAGCGUAUCGCUCCACAUGUUGGCUGGAUCGAGACUGUUGUAGGGGAGAGUCUCACUCAAACAGAUUGUGUUAACAAAUACAAGCAAUGCUUCGAGCCUGCCCAGAUGGACGAUGAAACUGAAGCUGUAGAUCCAUAUUUCAGUCGUGUCUACCUGCACUGGGAUGAUCCCAAGACCGACAAUUUGUGUGGCGGAACCUUGGUUGAUUACAACAUAGUACUCACUUCCGCCCACUGUACCUUCAACAGCCGGGGUGAAUCCCCAACAAAGGUGUCUAUAGUGAACCAUCAAGCUGGAAUUACGGAAAUUGAAAGACAUCCCGAUUUCAAACAAGGAUCGUUGUACAACGAUGUCGCGCUGAUUCGGCUGGACAAAUACGUGAGGAUUGCCAAGUGGAUUGCUCCCGUCUGUUUGCCAUACGUUGAAGCACUGGAAGGCCACGAUACCACUCCGGAAACCUUUUCCUGUCGAGUUCCCAAAGAUGGAUUUAACGACAAAUUGCAAAUCUACAUUCCCUCGAAAUCCCGUUGCUCCAGUAACGACACCGUUUACGAUGAGGAAUAUAUGGCCCGUUUUCCGGAGGGUCUUGGCAAACGGCUUAGCUGCUUCGGCACCGAGUACCGUCUGGUUCCCGGACUCGGAGAGAUUGACGCGGGUGGACCGCUGCUCAGCCGUGAUGAAACCAUUAUUUUCGGAGUGAACGCCUACGCCACCGAUUGUGGUUCGUUCAAACCGCUCAUUACGACGGACGUUGCUCCGUUGAUACCGUGGAUUGAGAAGUUUGUGUUGAGGAAGCAAAAAAAAUAA